CCCGCCAACUAUUGAACGAACUGUCCUCUCUACAAAUGCGUUAAUUACGUAGCAGGAGUGGCGAAACGGGCAAAAAGCAUUGCGCAAAUUCUGCUAUACUGGCCACCGAAUGGAUAAUGGGUAUUUGUUUAGACACAGAUGCCAGCGCGGCACAAGAUACCGGCGAACCAGGCAACGAUUGGAAUCAUACACGGAAUCAGAACGGACCAAAUGCACCGCCUGGCAGCGUAUUGGCCAUGAACGGCGGUUCGGGCAACAUUGGCGCCAUCGACAUGCAGAAUGCUGGCAAAAUCAAAUUCGAUCCGCCCAAGGUGCCAGUGAUAUUCGUUUUAGGCGGCCCAGGUAGUGGCAAGGUAACCCAUUGCGAUACAUUCAUGCAGGAGCGACGCGGCGUUACGCACAUCAAUAUGAUGGAUCUGCUGCAGCAAUACGCAAUGGGAAACGAUAUGCAGGACUUUUCGCAACUAUCGUCGAAAACGGUCACCGAGGUGUUGAUGUUGGAAAUGAAAAUGGCUCCAGCUGCCAAAGCAUACCUAAUAUCAGGAUAUCCGCGCUCCAUGCGCGACGUUGUCGAGUAUUCGGAGAAGAUACAAGUCGUUAAUGGAGUUAUCUUAAUAUCCUGGCGUCAGUCGGUGCUACAGAAACAAAUCGAUUAUGGUGCUAAAUUAGGUCAUGUUGUACUCUCCUUAGCCAAAAUGGAAUUGGAAAAUUUCUUCAAAAAUGUGAUGCCAGUCGCUGAUUAUUUUGAUCAAAGCGAUAUGCUAUUGGCCGUAAAUGGCGAGCGUGCACCCACUGAGGUGUACAAAGACUUUCGCACCGCUGUGCUAGACAUAUUGAGUACACUCGAGAAUCAAGAGGCCAUACUGAACGGAGUUACAGGUAUGGGCAGAGGGAUACAUGAUAUACCCGGCAGUAUAGUUAGCGUAGACACCGCACCUAGUCAAGCCCAAGCGCCUCACAUUACAGACCAAGCCGUCGCAGCGACGGCGACGCCGACUGCGACUGCGACUGCGACGGGGCCAGGUGAACGAAAUGUCACAAAUGCUGUGAUCUCUCACAUAGCCGCCAAUGCAGCUACCGCCGCAGCGACCCUUCGUGCAGCAGGCGGCGGCGUCACCAAUGCGGACGAUGACAGCGGCGUAGUGGUUACACAGCAGCCGAAGCUGAAUCAUGCCGGCACCAGCAUCGAACCAAACGCAUCCGAGCCGGAUCGCCCAAUACCGCCCAUCAUUUGGGUCAUCGGCGGUCCGGGCAGCAAUAAGGCAACGUUGUGCCUGAAGGCCGUUGGCCUCAAUCCCGGCUGGGCGCACAUCAGCGUUGGGCGUCUGCUGCGCAAUAUCACGGACUCGGCGCCACGGGCCAACACCGAAAGCUAUGCCGUUAAAGAGGCCCUAGCCGCAGGCGAAAUGGCGCCGGAGAAGUCGCUGAAUCAAUUGCUGGAUAACAAUAUACGUCAGCUGCGCGAUAAGACCGGCAUUAUCAUCGACGGCUAUCCACGGAAUCUGCAGCAGGUCAAAUACUUUGAAAAUAAGUACAAACAACGUCCACCCACCAUACUCUUGGACUGCUCGAAGUUGCAGCUGGGCCGCGGGCGCAUAGACGAUACGGUCUCUUCAUUUCGACGUCGUCUGGAGAUAUUCCGUGAGCAGACGCUGCCUAUGCUGAAGACCAUGGACAGCAGCAAUCGGCUGCAGAUAGUCGAUGGCGACACGGACAGUCCGUCGGUGCAGCGGGAAUUCGAGCGGCUCAUACGCAAUCACAUACAGCAGUUGACCAACAAGCUGGAGGGCGAAGAUGCCAGCGAAUCGUUGGCCAAUCAUGUGAUGCGAAACGAGCAAACGGAUGCCAUACUGCAUGACCUGGAGACGAAUGUGCCGGGCGCUGUGCCCACGAUUAGCCAUCAUGUGAGCAUGAUGAAUGGCCAUAUCAAGAGUCGCGGCAGCGCCCAGCUGAGUGCUAAGCGGCCCAAUCAAAUGAUGAACGGCCACGUGGGUGGACGACCGGGCACUGGACCUGUCGCUCCGCUCGCCCAGCCUGUCGAUUUCCGGCAUAUGCUCGAGGAGGCCGAACGGUUUCCGGUCGACUCUUACAUGUAGACUAUAGCAUAAACAUAUCGAUCGAUGACAAAGUUUUCUAGUUUUUAUAAACGAAAUUCUCGUAUAGCCCCUAAGCGUCUACAUAGUUGUUAAAGUUGUUUUGUUGAUAAUUUGAUUAUGAAUUUUAUAGAAUUGCGUCACUUAGCUGACCAUUUUUUGAUAAACUACAUAAAUAAUGGCUAAAAGGAAAAAAAAAAAAAAAAAAAAAAAAAAAAAAAAAAAAAAAACGGCGCAAGCAACAUACAAUUGUGGGCCAAUUGAUUUUAAUUGAUUUUAAAAAAUAGACGAUUAAGUUUAGUAGAUAAGCACAGUGAUGUCACAC